UUGUAGAACGACAGUCAUUCCUACAUCAUGGUCCAACUCCUGUUUCAGCACCAUGGAUUUUUAAAAUAGAAGUUACGCUAAAAUCCAUCCCUGAAGCAGGGCUUUUGAUUAGUGUGGAUCAGAUGUAAGAGAGUGGCUCGAGCCUGACAUUUAAGAUCAAGUAAUACAUUUUUCCUUCUCCUGGAAGUUUUCUCUCAGUUUGAACAUACCAUUGAAAGCAUCUUCCGUGGGCAGGCAUGGGCUGCCGGGAUGUUCAUGCAGCAACGGUACUGGCCUUCCUCAGUGGAACAGCCUCAGUAGCUGGACUUCUUGCUGCAGUUCUGCUUCCAAACUGGAGGCAAAUGAGACUGUAUACGUUCAACAAGAAUGAGAAGAAUGUGACGGUUUACACUGGACUCUGGAUUAAGUGUGCUCGCUUUGAUGGGAGCAGAGACUGUGUGAUAUAUGACCCACAGUGGUACACAGCUGUUGAUCAGCUGGAUUUACGUGUUCUUCAGUUUGCCCUCCCCCUGAGUAUGUUAACUGCUGUCUCCGCUCUGUUUCUCUGCUUGAUUGGUAUGUGUAACACAGCCUUUGUAUCAAGCGUGCCAAACAUCAAAUUAGCAAAAUGCCUUGUAAACAGUGCAGGCUGCCACCUCGUGGCUGGCCUCUUGUUCCUGCUCGCAUGUGCUAUUUGUCUCGCUCCGUCGAUCUGGGUCAUUUUUUAUAACAAUUAUCUGAACAGAAAAUACGAGCCUGUCUUUAGCUUUGACAUCUCUGUAUUUAUUGCCAUUGCCAGUGCUGGUGGUCUGUUUUUCACUUCCAUUAUGUUAUUUCUGUGGUAUUGUGCAUGUAAAAGCUUACCUUCCCCUUUCUGGCAGCCCCUCUAUUCACAUGCCCCCAGCAUGCACAGCUAUGCCUCCCAGCCAUAUUCUGCACGCUCUCGCCUCUCUGCUAUAGAAAUCGACAUUCCUGUUGUGACACAUGCAUCUUAAGAAUACAAAGUCUGGGAAGCCAAGUUCUUGUGCUUAUUCAAACCAUGAAAAUUGCAGGCUUGAUUCUCUCUACUGCCUUGCACUGGACUUAAUCUUUUCUAAGGUCAAAUUCUUGAAGGUGCAAGGCAACGGAGAACUAAUUUCAUUAACUCCUUUGCAUUUUUCGUAUGUUCCUUCCUGAACAACUUUUUUUUUUCCCUUCAAGCUCACUAGAGACGAAAUUGCUGCUAAUGCUGUGACAGUACAUUAACAGUAGUAUCCUUUCAUGCAAGUAGUUUUGCACAUCUGUUAUUCUUUCUGUUUAUUGAGAUCAAAGUGGAUUUGAACCUCUUUGAUAAGCUAUUAUUAGAUUCUGAUCCCAUUAUAGGAAUUACAUAUGUAGACCUUUGCACCCAUGCAUUACCCAAAUCCUUUGGGGCUAGGUGUAGGGGGUUUACUGAGUUUCUUGUUACAGAUGAGGAAAAUAACCUAGUCUAGUGGAAAGUAUAUGAUCAUUUAGCUCAGCAGAAAGAGCAGAAAGGAGAUUAAGAAAUGGGUUACAAAACCUUUAUUUAGACACAUGUAUUUUAAGAUGUGGUAUUUGGAAAGGGUAUUUGGCAGAUUAAGUAAGUUCUGUAGCAGUGUUCUUUGUUUUGCACUGUACACACAAAAAGCCCCCUGGCUUAUGAACUUCUGCAGUAGAAUUAGUGUCAAAUUACCCUCUAAUUUCAAAGUCGCAAUCAAACUUAGAAAUAAAAUUGAUUUAACUAAUAAUGUUCUUCUGUACUGUAAUUAGCAUUUUCUGAAUCAUUGGAGGCUGGAAACUUUUCUUCCAUUAAUUUUCUUUCUAUUUUUUUAAUAAGUUGUCAAGUUCAAUAGAUCUAUUUUGUGAUUUUUUUAAAAAGCAGAAUUUUUAAAUACAAGUAGUCUUAAAAGCUUGAAUAUUUUAUUUGAAGGCCUUCCUCAAGUAGGCUGAGAAGGCUUUAAAGCAUUAUUCAGUUCUGGAGAGUGAUGUCGUUCACAUUGCAAAAUAGGUUAGGAAAAGCAUGAAGAAUUCUAAAGACUAUGAAACAGUGUUUUGCAGCACUGUAUGAAAGCUGUAACAGUGCUUCGCAGGGAGGAGGAUUAUAACCCUGGAGAAAGAUUUUUAAAUCUGAAUGUCCCAUGUAUAUGCAACUAACAAUGAACCUGUGUAAUUUUUUUUUUCAGAAUUGAUGCUUAUGGGCAGUUUUAAAGGCAGCAUGUUGUUGGACUUUUCAUGCUGUAGCCUAUUUAAUUACUGAUGAAAACUUCACCUUUUCAGUCUUGUUCUUCAACACCUUUCAAGCUGAGCUAACUUAAAAUCCAUCUCCCUCACCUGCCAUGCUGCCACCUCACAACUGGGGAAAAUUUCUCAUUCUUAUUUCUGUAAAGUGAGGUUCCUAAUCUAAGCUUCACAGUAUAGCCUUACAAAGGUCAGAAAAGGUUCUAAAUUCCCAACCUGGGAUGUCUUUAAAGCAUUUUUCCACGUAAAAUGCAGAGCAGGUCACCCCUAAGGAUCAAGGUCAAUCAAUAUAUCCAUUGAAGUUGCUAGGAAAUUUGGAAAAUCAUGACAGGAAGCAGAAGACUAUUAUAAUUUAGGCAAAUAUUUGGACUUGCUCAGAUUUUGGCAAAUUGAGAUCCUGUGGUUAAGAUAUCAUUCCAGUAAGGAAGGUUAUUCUGAUCAGUGGUAUUCUGGAAUUUGGUGGAUAUUUAGAUCUUAAUAAUCCUAGAACAAAUCUGCUUCACUAAAAAUCAGUUUUUUAAUUCGCAACUCUGCAAGCUCAUCCUAAGCUCUGAAAAUCAGUUCAUUUCCUUUUCUGUGCAUUACAAAUAACAACAAUGUUCUACAGGGAAAAUCGUGGUCUGUUGCAAUCUGCAUGAUAAUAGUGUGUUAAGAGGAGUCACUUUGUCCUAACUGGCAGGCCUUAGGCUUCAGAGGGCUAAGUGGGGAAGCUGAUCUCUCCUAAGUUCCUAGCAUAGUCAGUAGAGAGAUAAGCCUUCCAGAAGGUGAUGUAGCAUGCUUGAUUAAAUCAGUCUGAGGAAUUAAUCUUGUAGAUGAUAAAGAAUAGUUAAGGAGGUGGACCCUGAAAGCUACAUGGAUUGAAUACCACCUUAAGUUUUCAAGGCAUGAUAUUAGAUGAAGUAUCUUCUUUCUUUUUAAUCAGCUCAUGACUUGUAUGGAAUCAUGAUAUGUAUGAAGCUAUGCAAGGCCACUUUUUUUCUUCUUCCAAAUUGAACUUUGCUUUACAGUUAAUUGUUCAACCAUAGAUACUGUUGCCGCUCUUGCUUUCUGUGCCCCUGCAUGCUUUAUAAGGUCAAAGCAAAGGGACCAUUAGUUCAUAAUUUCACAUUACCAUCCUUCCAAUCUGUCUUCUAUUCUGUGUGACUUGAUUAAGUUAUGAGCUGGCCAGUAAAUGUUAUUCUGUGGGCACUGUUUUGUGUGCUGUUGGAACCUGAACUUAGUGUUUCACUCACAUUGGAGGGAUGAUAAAUACAUAUGAUAUAUACAAUACAUUUAAAAUGAGCUGAAUCUUUAGCAUCUUCAGCAGUCUGGAAAACUGACUUAGAGUAUUUUCUGUGGAGCAUAAAUGCAGCCAGUGUUUUGUUCUGCAUAGAUUAAAUAGCAGAUGUGUCUGACAGCUCUUUUGCAUUCUGACUUUGAUUUUUAUGCACUAGACUUUCAAUUGGUAUAUGCUGCUGCCUAAGCUGAUAAUGUGUUGCUUUGAAAACAGUGUCUCUUCAAAAAUCUGAGAUGGGCCUGAGUUAUGAAGAGUAGGGAUCCACAAGCUCAGAGAUCCAGAAGAUCUAAGAUUCCAGUGGAGGUUUCAGUUAAGGUCAUCUUUAUCAAAAAGACUGUUGCAUCAUGUUUAAUUUAUAAAAGCACAGCUGAGUUUCUUUCAACAGUGCUGUUGAUGUGAGUUGCAACUACAUCCUAAGCAAAGCUAACUGGAAAUGCUGUGCUCUUUUGGUCCUUGUUUACAGGACAACCUGUGACACUUGAGCUGUGUGCCACUUCAGCAGUUCUCCUGCUAAGUUGUGACCGGGGAAGUAGCAGCCCUCCCUGGAUUUGGGGAGAAGAAAGCUUGCACCUUGCAUGUAUCUGUGGCAGGGGACAGCUGCUGUGGAGCUGUUAGCACCCCUGCUUUUGACCAGCUGCUACUUCUUGGCACUUUGUUGUAUGCAGUACAGGCAUGUUGGUCUAAAGCACAGGAAGAUUUUAAUUUGCGGCUCAUGUAGCCAAAGGUUGGGUGCUCUGGGAUUAUCAAAGUCUGUAUUUUUUUUCAAGUAAUUCCUGACCGCUUUUUCAGUUGUGUUUAACGUGAGUUCUUUUUAUGUAAAAUGGAAAAUGUAUUUUUAAUAAAUCCUGUUCUCAUACA